CAUGAGAGUUGUGGCACAGUUGCAGUCUCGCACAGGCUGGCGCAUUUACCCACCCAGCAUGUCACUAUCCACCAUCACCCCACCACCUCCCUACUACCCUUCCACUAACCGCCACCACUCCAACCCGCGCCACCAAAUAUCAACCUAACCCACCAAAACCUUUCCUUACACUCACAGCCAACCCAACCCCAACCUCACACACCCACUCGAAUAAUAUUAACAACAACAACAACAACCCUUUGUUCCUUACACACCACACACUCUCUCUCAUCUAUCAAAUGGCGACCCCCCCAAACGACGCCGCAUCGACGAAGAAGCCACAACCCAUCCCUUGGACCCACCAGGAGACCGUGCACCUCAUCCGCGCCUACCAGGAGAAGUGGUACGCCCUCAAGCGGGGCCCACUGCGCCACAACCAGUGGGAGGAGGUCGCCGUCGUCGUCGCCGCACGCUGCGGCUACGACCUUGCCCACCCCGCCAAGUCCGCCCUUCAGUGCCGCCACAAGAUGGAGAAGCUCCGCCAGCGCCAUCGCGCCGAGAAGAAACAACAACACUCCGCCGCCGACGCGCUCCGCCCCGGCGCGUGGCAGUACAACGCCCUCAUGGAUGACCUUGAGCGCGGCCCCCUCCCCAUCUCCGCCCUUGCUCCUCUAUACAGCGACGAAGAAGAAGACGAAGACGACGACGACGCCAUCGACGAUCAAUACGACAAUGAUGGCGACGAGGGUUUCAUUAACAUCAAGUCGAAGAGUAUUAACUGUAUCCUCAGCGAGAGACCUGUGAGAAUGAGAAGCAACGACAGAGGGUUUUUGAGAGAGCACGUUGUUGUUGUUGAAGAAGAAGAAGAAGAAGAAGAGGAGGAGGAGGAGGAGGAGGAGGAGGAGAAUGAGAAUGAAGACGACGAUGUUUUGGGGUUGUCGAUGGAGAUGAGGGUUUUCGCGGAGAGGUUUAUUGGGAUGGAGAGUUUGAAGAUGGAGAUGAUGAAGGAGACGGAGCGGUGUAGGUUGGAGAUGGAGAAGAAGCGGAUCCAGAUGAUUCUGGAAUCACAAAGGAGGAUCGUUGAUUCCAUUGGUAAGGCGUUUGGGUCUAGCAAGAGGAUCAAGAUUACUCAACAAAACUGAAAAAGGUUGUGAAAUAUAAUGAUCGAAAUAAGCUCUGAUGGUUUCCAUAACAGAAGAGUCUACAAAACCAGUUGCAGAUUGUGCUGCAAGUUAUUUAUUCUAUUUAUUGUUGCAUUUGAAGUCUUUACUACUCACCUCAAUUAGGGUAAGUUAAUUUUUUUGGCAUUAGUUGAUUAUAAUGAAAAUGAUUUCUUUACAAUAUUUGUUUUUUCUUCUAUUUAUUAAUUGAGCCCUAUGAAAAAGUUCUUUACUAUAAAAUAGCUGCUUAUCUAUGCUAAGUUUGAAAGUUUGUGAUAGGUCAGAAUAAAGAAUUUCUGUUUUUCUUCCAUUUCUAAUCAAGUUUCUAUCAUGCUGCUACAUGAAUUUCCCUUUUAUUGCAUACUGAUCUUCUUAAUAUGCACGUGGGAUGUGGUUUCUUUUUUUAUAUUAAACUUCGUUAUGGAAAAAAUCUAUUAAGAUGAAUGCUUGAAACAAAUAUACCAGAAAACUAUCACUUUAAAGGAAGGGUCAUGUUAAAUUUAACACUUUUAUCUUCGCUGUCAAUAUUGUGACCUGUAAUUCUGUACAAUAGCUCAAUAGAUUCUACGAGCCUAUGAUAGUUUCAAAUCUUAGAGGUAAUUAUGUUUGUCUGGAACCAAUUAGUUGGAAAAGUAUAUAGGGGCAUGUGCAGGAGUGAUAUAUAUCUCUAAAUAUAUUUUACUGGAGUUCAAGGUUAUUAGUAGUUGAUUAUGUUACUUUCCUAUGCAUCUUGUGCUUUUGCUGGAAAAAGUUAUUUUAGGGCGUAAUGAUGCUGUUAGUGGUUUGAGCCUCCAUUAACCCACCUAUUUUCCUCUCCUGUCAAAUGGCUGCUGCUUUCACUCCUCUAGGACCCCCCACGAGAAAAAUAUUCUGCAUUUUGUCUAUAGAUUGCACUUGUUAAUGAGGAAUGGUAAAAAAUUCCUCAUUAAGAUUUUUUCAGUAUCACUCUUGCAUAUUGCUGAUUAUUGUAGCUCAAAGACAACUAGAGACAUGACAAAAUUGAUGUUCUGUCUAACUAGUUUUAAUAUGGUACCAACUAUGAUCAAACUUUCCAGAUACCAAAGAAGUCUUGACAUUAUCGCCAUUUAUUUUUAUCUUGCUAAUUUGAAAGAUGUGUUUCUCUUAACGUCUUUGGUCAACCCUUCUGGUAUUUUGUCAUGUAGUUUAUUCCUUGAUAUGCAGCAAUGGCCAUCUAACCUUAAGCCAUUUCAUGUUUUCCAUUUCUAUGAUUUCUUUUUUGGGAUGGCUUUUUGACAACAUUUGAAUGAGUAAGUGAUAGGGUGUGCCUCCCUAUCAGGGAAGUCUACGUGAGUGAUAGAACCCGAACCAAGAACUUAAUAAGAAAGAGCAGAACUGAUUUAUUAUUGAUGAUAAA